GUUUUUGAAGAACCAACUAAAAAUUAAUUUAGAGCACUCCGUCGUAAAUCACCAUUUUGAAUAUAUCAAACAGAAGCAUUAAAUAGGUACGAUUGGAUUGCCAUUCAUUGUACUUAUGUAUAUCAAGUCAUCCUGCAAGUGACUUUAUAAAGGAAAACAAAGCUCAAUUACUUACGGUUUUUAUUCGUGAGCUGGCAUUCCGCACCCCAAGGAGGGGAAAGACAAUAUCUUAUAUGACUUUUGAACGAUUAAGUGAAAAACCUGCGAAAAAAAACGCUCCUCCAAUUCUACAAAAGCGGAGUAAGAGCUUCGAGCUGUGUAUGAAAACCCAGAGGGGAACUAUAAGUCAUCGGACUUCAAGUAACAGACAUCGGAAGCUACAGCCGUUCAGGUACACGUGAGCCGAAUACCGUGCCGCUGCAAAAGACUUCUGAUUAGUAUACAAAUUUCAAAACACCAAUUCAAUUUAACAAAAA